AUGGCCAUCCUUGAUCAGGGCCUCAUGCGUGUGGGCGUCGGCGCCAUCGGCGAGAUCACUGUGGCAGGGCCUGGUCUGGCCUCUGGCUACCUGAAUCUGCCAGAGAAGACGGCCGAAACCUUCCUCCCUGCUUGCCAAGCUUUGGACGGCCGACGGGCCGUACGCACUGGGGAUCUGGCACACUGGACGAACACCGGCAAGCUGAAGUUAGUCGGUCGAAGAGACUCCAUGGUAAAGGUCCGUGGUGCCCGGAUUGAGCUUGGGGAGGUAGAAGGCACUCUUGCCGCCCACCCAGCCGUCAAGUUCGCUGUGGUAACCGUGCACGAGGACAAGCUGGUCGCCUACAUUCAUCCGGCCGUCCCGGCCAACCUGCGCGACUUCUGCAAGGAGCACUUGGUGUCCUAUAUGGUGCCGCACAUUUUCCAAGGCCUCGAAGAGGUUCCGCGGCUACCCACCGGCAAGGUGAACAAGAAAGCAUUGCCAAAGCCGGAGGCGCGCACAGAUGGCGCAGAGGUCGUGAUGGAGCUGGACAGCUUGGGUCAGAUGCGCAAGUUCACGCGCAAGGCUGCAUCGGAAGACAAGGUCUUGGACAACGUGCGCGCGAUUCUCAUUGGCAUCGUCCUCCACUCACAUGCCAUUCCACUGAACCCGAUGAACCCUUCCGAGAUGAUCGACGGCGAGUUCGAACCCCUUGCCUCACACCAGUGGGGUCCCAGGGAGUUGCUGUUGCUGCAGGUGGUUCGAAGUGGAGGAUGGUCUUCCUUGGCUUUCCUGAGCGGCUUCGACGACACCCGUGCCAUGCGCCCGUACGGCCUCACUUACCGCGAGCCUCUGUUUCUCAUCCUGUGGCUUCUCUUGGACUUCAACUGGACCAUGUGGUACCUUCCCGUGUUCGUGUACAUGCGCGCUGCUUUCUGCGCCAUGCACCACCUCGGCCUCGAGAAGCUGCACUUGCUGCUCGCGUCCCAGAUCUGGAUCAUUGCACCUGCCUUCAUCGACAUGUACAUCGGGUGGCGGGAAGGCCUUGGGUCACCACAGCCGUACCUUGAUGCCACAUGCCCAUCGCAGUGCUUCUGCCCUUGGCAGGCGAUGCCUUGGGCCCAAACUGUGGCGCACUACACAGCCGGUUGGUGGGUGCAACCGAGCUCGCCAACAGCAAGCAGCAUGGUGGGCCAUGCACUCAUUUUCAUCCCGUGCUACUGGAUUGGAUUCUACAGCGGCGACAAAAUUUUCAAGGUGCUCACCUUCAUUGCAGACGACCAGAACAUUCUCCGCCGUUUGGUGGUUGCUGGAGUGGCCAUGGGCGUGUAUGCCAUGAUGUACUUGGGAGGACAGCCGAUAAUUCAAGGUUUUGAUGACACUUGCCAGAGCUUUUGGAGCAUGGACGGUGCUUUCCUAUGGGGACAGGUAGGCAAAAACUUGCUCUACUACGCCCUCAACCUCUCGCUGUCCCUGCUUUAUGUCGUGGUGAUUGCAGCCCUGGUGCCUUGCCACCUGCAGUACUUAGCAAAAGUGUGCUUUGCUUCGCUGAUCGUCUCUGGUCUGAUUCCACAGCCCCUUGACACGCCGAGCCAGAUCGUCGUGUUGCGGGAGACAGUGAAUGAGAACUGGGUUAGCGUGGUGGAGCUCUUUUGGAUGUUCUACGUUCCAUUCCUUUUCGAGUUUGUCGUGGGCGCGAUCGUCACAACACUUCUUCCCAUCGUCAUCAAUUGCGGAAUUGCUGCAUGGAAGCGCUGGCACAAGUGA